AUGGGCAACGAAGAAAGUCGCAGUUGUAAAUUUGAUAUGGAAGAAGAAUCUUUAGAAGUUACAGAUAAUUGGACUCUGCAUUAUGCUAAAGAUAUCGAUAAUAAUGUUUCUCAAUAUUCGGCGUUUGUUGGUGAAGCAAAAGGGCACCCAAACAUAGUAAAGUAUAUUUCUUCAUGGAAAAAAAAUAAUAAAUAUCAUUUAAUAACAGAAGAAGUCAAACCAUUAAAUUUAAUAAUAACUAGUCAGUCAACAUUGCAAAUAUGUAUAGGAUUGCAUAGUGUAUUAUCUGCCAUUAUUUUCCUUCAUGAAAAAGCUCAAUCGUCUCACAAUAACAUUUGCUCCGCAUCUUUAUAUGUAACUCCAGAAGGAACAUGGAAAUUAGGAGGAUUAGAAUAUUUAAAAAAGUUUAGUGAAGUUACUUCGACAUAUUUAAAAUCCAUUAGAAAUAGUAGGUAUGAAAAAGGGAUUUCACCGGAAGAAGACUCUCUUAAUUCUAGUAUUAAAUUUAAUGUUGAAAGCAUUGACAAAUAUGCUUUUGGUAUAUUGGUAGAAGAAUUACUUAAAAAAAAAACAGAAGAUGAAAUACCACAUUUAUUAGAUUUUAAAGAUUAUUGCAGGAAAAAUCUACAAAAUUCAAAUCCGGAAAAUAGGAGUAAUUUAUCUGAAGUAUUAAUUCAUCCAUUUUUUAAUCACAAUUUUAUUAAAAUAUUUAAAUUUCUAUUGAAUUUACCAUUGAAAACAAACGAUGAAAAAGAACAGUUUUUCAGUGAAUUGACAGAGCAAUUGAAUUUAUUACCGGAAGAAGUAGUGGGAUGUCAAUUGGCUUCUUUAUUACUUUCCAGAGUAGUUUUAUUAGAUGCCACAGCUCAAAAACAUUUUCUUCCUGUUUUACUACAACCUAAAUCAAUUGAUGAGAAACAAAUGAGUGAAGGAUUUGCCUUAUUUUCAGAAGAUGUUUUUAAACGUUAUUUAAUACCUAAAUUACUUAAAAUAUUUUGCGUUCGAGAUAUACAAAUAAGAAUGAUUCUUUUAAGUCAUUUUCAUUUGUUCUCUCACGUUUUCACAACGGAACAAUUAAAGCAUCAAAUUUUACCUGAGUUGUUACUCGGUAUAAAAGAUGUUAAUGACGAUUUAGUUAGUAUGACUCUUAAAGUAUUAUCACAAUUAGUUUUAAUUUUGGGAGGUGGGACCGUCAUAGGUGGGAAAAGAUUAAAAUUGUUCACAGACGGAAGGCCGAAUUCGCAUGUAAUCACAUCACCCAAAGACGCGAAUACUACAUCAAAAGGGAAAAAUAUUCUAGAAAAUUCGAUAAAACCGCCGUCUGAAAUAUUAUUUCCAAAUCACGUUUUGCCCGAAAGAUUGAGUCCGGAUGGUGGUGAAGGAAAUUCCUCUUCGACAACUUUAGAAGAAGAAGUCGAAGGAGAAACCGAACAUUGGUCAGAUUGGGAUUUGCCGACGGAAAAAAAUCCACCGAAACAAGAGGAAGAUAAUAAAGAAACCGUUGGUGAAAAAACAUCGGAAAUAUUAUUGGAAAGUUCAAAAAGUGACGAAACGUCAUCAACGUUGAGAAAUAAUUCCGACAUAACAUUUUUAGAUAUAAAAAGUUCAACGACGAGUUCCAACAACGUUUUUAAUUCGGAUAUAGAUUUUUUUCACGAUAUGGAACCCGUUAUAAGCAAAACUCAAAUUCUCAACAUAAAUCCAUCGAAAACGAAAUUCGACGUCGAUUUCAACGAACCCAUUAAUAACAAUUGGGACGGUUGGGAUGGAGGAGACGGGGAUUGGGAACUGGAAGAAGAAGAAAAAAAAUAA